GGUCAGAGCCGAUGUUGAUGGACCUGCCCUCGGAUGUCCUCGUCAAGAUCCUUUCGAGAUUGCCAUCCGAAUCAAUCUGUUGCAUUCGAUGCGUGUCUAAGGCCUUGUUAAACAUAGUUGAUGACCCCUCUUUUGUUAAACUGCAUAUGGACUACACCGACGAGGUACCUCUUCUCAUGUCUUUUGCCGAAUCUUAUGCUUCUGAGACCAAUGCAGUUAUAGCAUCCUUGCAAUCAGUCACAUACGAUGGCAGUGGCAGUGCCUUGACAGCAAGAGGUCAACAUGCAUUUCAAGUCUCCACAACAUACCAGCGAGAUCCACCACCUUACUCCAUAGAUUUUGUUUUCCGCAACUUGUUUUGCUUCCGAAAUAAUUGUGAUUCUGGAGUUUGUUUUUUGGUCAAUCCUCUGAGAGGACAAGUUCUAAGGCUUCCUAGGAAUGAUAUUUCCAAAAUUGCAGUGUCCCAAGUAUUCUGUGACUGGUAUGGUAUGGGAUUUGAUAGUAUAACUAACACCCUCAAGAUUCUUGCUGUCGCCGAAUUUGGCCAAUUUGGUAAGCCUAUCUGCCGGGCAGCCCAGGUUCUUGUAUUGGGCACAGGCUCAUGGCGACAUGUAACUCCUCCUCCUUGUCGAUUGUCUCGUAACAGUAGUAAAAGUGCAUCUGCAAAUGGAGACAUGCAUUGGUUGAUUUAUGGAAGAUGCCAUAUAAUUUCUUUCGAUUUUAAGAAAGAAAAGUUCUGUUGGACUCCGCACCCCGCGGCACAAAGCUCAAACAAUUUCUGGCAUCUGUAUUUACUUACUUUCAGAGGAUCUCUGGCCAUCGUGGAUACUUCUUCAUCACAAGGUAUGAUUACGAAGAUUGAUAUAUGGGUAUUGAAAGAUUAUGACAAAAAAGAGUGGGCAAGAGAUUACAGCAUAGACAUCAAAAAUUUUGACUUGGUUAGGCAGUUUGGAUUGUUGAUAAAGGUUACUUGUGACCAAUGGGAGCAUGGCAUAUAUUUCAAAAAUUUUGACAAAAUCCCUACGUUCUUUUUGGAUCUAAGAUGUUAUUCCAUGAAUACCAUAACAUGUGGUAGUGGGGAUCCUACCAAAAUUUUGAGUUAUACUGGGAGCUUGAUAUCCUUAAAAGAUUAUGAGAAUUCUGUUGGAGUUGAAAACAGUACUGAAAGCCUAAAAAGUUAUGGCAAUUUGAUCGAAGAAGAAGCACAAGGCUUUAGUUUAUUUAAGAGGCAUGUGCUGCGACGAGUUUCAGUUGUCUGAGUUUGUGUGCUAUAUCACUUUAGGGUAAUCUUCACUAGAGAUGUCUCUAUGAUCCUUCUAUUUUGUUAAUUGCUGGUUACUUGUAUUUUGUUUAUCAGAUAUUGAAUUUCUUGAAAUAAAUUCCCCAGCCACCUUUCUUUCA